AUGGAUUAUUAUGACUUUGAUGGUAAAACUGCGACUCCCUGCUCGCACACCAGUUGUCACAACAAUGGUCAGUGUCGGUUGAGAGUGGUCGUCCAGCCGUACUGCAAGUGUCCUCCUGGUUGGACAGGUACCUACUGCGCAGAGGAUCAAGUAGACAUCAAGAAAGUCACAACAUACGUAGAAGAUGUGUUGGCGACAUUCAAGUCAAUCAUGAAUCCGACCAUAUACACCGGCAUCAGCAACGAUUACCUUGGCCGAAUUGAGAACGUCUCAAGGGCAUGCUUUGAGAACACUUGUAACAUUACCGAAGACACCCUUUGCCGACACUGUGAGGGUUGUGCUAACAAGCAAUACAGGACACUCGACGGUCGCUGCAAUGAUCCCCGAAACAUUCUGGCAGGUGGGGUGGAUUAUCCAUUGGACCGGAGUGUCAGUUUGGCUUAUGCUGUACCGGAGACGGACACCUUGCACAUUCCCAGUGCGAGACUUGUGAGUCAGCAGCUGCUAAGACGAGACAAGGUGAAAUUAAGCCCUUAUGAAAACCAACUCCUGACGUUUUUCAUCCAACUCCUGUUGCAUGACUUUGUCGAUCACGGUUUUAAUAAGUCCGACAUCAUGAGUAUACCAAUACCAGAAACGGACCCUGUUUUCCCAGAGCAGACGACAAUUAGAGCGAAAAAGACGACGUACAGUUCAUAUCCUCUGGACCCGAGCGUCCCGCAGGAUUAUGUGGAGUUCGAUAACAAGAACACUGCCUGGUGGGACGCUUCUUAUAUUUAUGGGUUUAGCCCAGGUGUCCAGGCGCAACUCAGGACGUUCGAGAAUGGGAAACUUAUUCUGGACGACGAUGACCGUCUUUUCAUUGACGACAAGACAAUGAUACCCCUCAUUGGCCGACAAGGAGGAUUCUCAGUCGGGUUGUACCUCAUGCAUACGCUAUUUGCAAAGGAGCACAAUGCCAUUUGCGAUAUGCUGAGGAGGAACCACGCGGAUUGGAGCGAUGAAAAACUCUUCCAGGUGUCAAGACUCAUCUUAUCUGCACUUAGCGUUAAGGUUACCCUCACUGAAGCAUUUCAAGCUUUCUACCCCAACGAUCCCGUCUUGCGCCUUUUAUCAAAGGUAAUUCCGUUCGGUGGAACUUUGGACGACCUAGUCGGAGAAGAACUGGCUAAAGAGGUGAAAAAAUAUCGUCCCGACGUAGAACAACAAUUCCAGCCCGUGUUUGGUAAAAGCGCAAUCAAGCGACCUCAGAAUUUUUCGGUUGCGUUUUCGUUGGACGCUUUGUCGUUUUUCCGUCUUCAUAGCGGAUGUCCAGAUUUGAUGGUGGUGAAAAGUCACUUAAACGGGGCCUUGACUGGAAAGAAUUUCACCCUGCAGGAUAUACAAGACAAAGUUAUUGAAAUCAAGAAAGGCCAUACGGACGCUGACCUGUUCUACACACUGGGCACCCAAAGACAAGGUCUUAGUGGCUUGCACAACACUCCCGAGUCGUUUAUCAAUAUGCCCGUGGGUCAGGGGAAUAUCACCGACCUGGAUGCAGUUGGUAUCUUGCGGGACAGAGAACGUGGAUUACCCAGAUACAACAAUUUUCUUCGCGCCUACGGCCUCCCCCCGAAGACGUCGUUCUUGAACCUGACGCACGGCGACGAGGAGCUGGCGAAGGAAGUAGCAAAGGUUUACAACGGCUGCCUCGAAUGUGUAGACCAGACAGUGGGACGUAUGAUAGAAUCAGAGAAGAAGGAUGACUCUUCCAUGGACCCUUUCAUGAAAGACAUAGUGUCGAGAUUUUUGCGGCUUGUCUACUCCGACCGGUUUUAUACUGUCGAUUAUGAUGAGGCUUACUACACUAAAGAGGGACUGGGGUGGAUCAAAAGGAACAACAUGAAAUCUAUUCUGCUCAGACACUAUCCUGAACUGACAAAUUCCCUUGAUGUGGUGGAAAAUGUCUUCAUGCCAUGGGAUAGACCAGACCUUCAGAGUAUCAUUUUAGCGUAA